AUGUCGGCACGCGAAGAGGAAGUGUCGCUCUCGGAGCCGGGCACCAGCGAGCUCGCAUCGCUCGACAACAACCACACUGGCGAAGCAUCCGCUGCGGAAGGCGGAGAGAACACGGCCAUGACGGAUGAGGACGCAGAGAUCGAGGCGAUGAAGCAGCGCGUAGCCGAAAUGGAGGCGGAGGCGGCCAAGCUGCGCGAGCUGCAACAAGCAGCGGGCGAAGCGGGCGGCGCCGGACUGCACCCUAGCGAAGAGGAGAGGGAGGAGGUGGACUCGAGGAGCAUAUACGUCGGCAAUGUCGACUACGGCGCCACACCCGAGGAGCUGCAACAACAUUUCCAGAGCUGCGGCACCAUCAACCGCGUCACGAUCCUGUGCGACAAGUUCACGGGGCAUCCCAAAGGAUACGCGUACGUCGAGUUUGCCGAUCUGUCGCUCGUGGCGAAUGCGAUGGUGCUCAACGAGUCGCUCUUUCGUGGCAGGCUCAUCAAGGUCACCGCCAAGCGCACAAAUAUGCCCGGCCUGGCGGCGCGCGGGCGCGGCAGGGGGCGCGGUCGUGGCCGUCCCUUCCGUGGGCGAGGGCGCGGCCGUGGACGCGGAUACUACUACUAG